AUGGAGCUCGAUUAUCUGGCUACUGACGUGGGAAGUGACGGUGAUGGUAACGGAAAUGGCGAUGGAGGACGUGAUCGGGUUUUUGUCAGUAAGAAGAAACCGAAAGAGCUUGGGCCUGGGGCGUGCUUAAGUAACGAAGACGACUGGGACUGUGAAACGAAACCUAGGUUUUCUGAAAUGAAGAGAGAAAACCGAGCCGAUAGCCAAAUCGCGAGGUGUUAUGAUAGUUCUCAGGCUAAAGACGAAGACAUUGAUGACCAAUUUUACAAGUUUUACACCGAAGCUGAUGAGAAGAAAACGGUGAUGGUUCCGAAGGAGGAAACGCGAGCUCCGGACUACAAAUCUCUGUUAUCCGAGUUCGACGAGUACGUUGCAAGCGAGAGAAUCAGCUCCAGAGUUUCUAGGGCACUGAGCUAUGGGUUUGAAGUUGGGGAUUUGGUAUGGGGAAAAGUGAAAUCGCAUCCAUGGUGGCCAGGUCAUAUACUCAACGAAGCUUUCGUGUCGCCCUCUGUUCGUCGUAUGAGGAGAUACGGUCACGUUCUGGUUGCUUUCUUCGGAGAUUGUAGUUAUCGUUGGUUCGAUCCUGCUGAGCUUAUUCCUUUUGAGCCUAACGUCGCUGAGAAAUCGCAGCAAGUUGAUUCGAGUCCUUUUGCAAAAGCUGUGGAAGAAGCUAUGGUUGAAGCAGGAAGAAGAUCAGCUCUUGGAUUGACUUGUAAAUGUCGAAACCCUCGUAACUUUAGGGAUACUAAUGUUCAAGGUCACUUUGCUGUUGAUGUGCCUGGUUACGAGCUCCAAGCUGUUUACUCUUCUAAGCAGAUUAAGAAAGCGAGAGACGGUUUCUCGUCUGCUCAAACUCUUUCCUUUGUGAAGCGUUGUGCGUUAGCGCCUCGAGUGUGUGAUACAGAAAGCAUAAGGUUUUUCCAGAAGAAAGCGGCGGUUUGUGCUUUCCGCUGGGCAGUGUUUGAGGAGUUUGAUGAAACGUAUGAAGAGGCCUUCAGGGCAAAAUCUGCAUACACUUCUUCAGUGAAUAGAACAGCCCCUCCUCGAGGCCCCUUGAGUGGCUCAUUGGUCAUGGCAGAAACUCUGGGAGACCCAAAGAGCUCUAGAAGAGUAAAGGAUUCUACUAAACAAGACAAUUAUCUUCCCAAAAAGGAAGGUGAUGAUAUGGCAGUUCAAUUUUGCCAGGUCCAAGCAACUUGUCAGCUUCAGGGCAUCAUUGGAUCUUCAGCUGUGGAUCAUGUAUUGCAGAGAAGGACUCCAUAUCUCCAAAUUCCCAUGAAACAUGAGCAGACAGGGCUUGUCAGCAUUGACUUCACCUCUUCAAGUGGAGAGGAAACUUCUGUUUCAAAGCUCUCUCGUGUUGAUGAAAAAGGGAGAGUGAGAGAAAAAGCUGCUCUAUACUCAGAGCGUGAGAAAUUUGAAAUAAUGACCAGCCUUAAACAAGUUGAGACUGGCUUCAUUCGUAGAUCAAACGAAGGCUCUCUCCACGGUUCUGCAGGGGAUGGGAUCAAGAAGGUCAAUUUCCUCAAACGGUCUUCAGGGGAAAUAGAUUCUGAGAAUGCUCCUUCAAAUCUGAAGACGAAAAAGAGAAAGAAGAAAGAGUCUCGGUCAGAGCUGAACCGUGGCUUUCCAGACAAGAGGAAGACUUUAUCUUGUGAGGAAGAUUGGACCAAGAAGUCGUCACAACUAGGUUCAGCAGAAAGAUACUCCAACACGUUGACUGUGAGAAACUCCAAACUCGAUGCUCUGCAGCUGUUGAGUAAUUUGCGAGCUCUCUCGCUUGACCCUUUCUCUGGAUCCUCUGAUAGAAAGAAUUAUCUCUCUAUCAGAGCUGUAAAGCAAUUCUUUUUGCGUUUCCGGUCAGUUAAUUACCUAAAAAGCUUGGCCAUUUCUCCUCCGUCAAAAUCUGCAGAGACUUUGAGAAGCACCAACGAACCAUCAUCAAAGUCAGGGAGGAAACGCCUCUCGUCUGACCAUCAACAAGAUGUCUCGUCAACUAAGAAGCUAAAGAAGAAAACUAUUCAGUUGAUGACAGUGCCUUGUGAAAAGAAAACCAACCAAGAAGAAAAGAAGAGAUCAAAGCUUGCACAUUUAAAUCCAGUUAGAACCGAACGUGGAAAGAAGAUGGCUCCGGCGAGGGAAAUUGAGCCGACGAUGCUGGUCAUGAAGUUUCCUCAUGGUACAUCUCUCCCUUCGACGGCUCUGCUUAAGGCCAGGUUCGGUCGAUUUGGACUGUUGGAUCAAUCAGCCGUUAGAGUGUUAUGGAAAUCCUCCAUCUGCCGUGUUGUCUUCCUGUACAAACUCGAUGCACAGACUGCCUUAAGAUACGCAUCAGGAAACCAUUCUCUCUUUGGCAACGUGAAUGUGACCUACUCUCUCCGUGACGUGAAAGCUUCUUCUGCAUCCGAGGGUCAUGAACCGAAGAAGGCCAAGACAGGGGAACCAAUCAUUGGACCGGGGCUGGAGCGAGAACGGCAGGUUCACCAACCAAACAGCAAGCUCAAGUCCUGUUUGAAAGAGCCAGGCAAUGGUAACCGCGGGAAAUCACGAGUCAGAUUCAUGUUGGGUGGGGAAGAAACAGGGACACCGUUUCAUGGUUCGCGUAAAAACAAUGGAAACUCAAAAGCGAAGCCUGUACUGGACCACGUCGAGCCACAGCAGUGUACGGUGGACAUCUCAGAGGAGAUGAUGGAGCUGUUAGUAAGGUGUAACGAUGUGGUGGCUAAAGUCACGGGCUUGUUGGGCUACCUCCCAUAUUAUCCCUUGUGA